CUCAGAUGGAUGCUGUCAGCCGGAUUUCUCCACACAAAGAAGAAGAGCAGGAAACGUCAGCAAAUAACAUCACCUGGUUGCUGGUCAGAAAUGGCUACACGAGUGGAUCAAGCAGUUGGUAUGAGUCUUGUUGUCUUUAGCCUCCUGCUGUUUACAUACUAUUCUGUGUGGGUCAUCGUCCUGCCUUUUGUGGAAAGCGAUCACGUACUGCACAUAUAUUUCCUGCCCAGAGAGUACUCAGUCAUUCUUCCAGGCAUUGCAGCAGUAAUACUGCUCCUCUGUAUAGGGGCCUUCACUGCAGUUAUCAUGUGGAAGCAUCGCAAACCGAAGAAAGUGGACUAAUCUCAGGAUGUGAGAGGGACUGCUGUGGAUUUAAACCGUCAUACAACCAAAAACUUUAACUGCAUUUUCUAAUAAAUAGUCUAUAUAUAUAUAUAUAUAUAUA